AAUCAGUAAAACAAAUCGGAAUAUCAGAGCGUUGCAGAAAAGGAUGAGCUGAAGAAGAAGAAGAAGAAGAAGAAGAAGAAGAAGAAGAAGAAGAGCUAAUCUCAUCGAUUCAAUCUCACCGAUUAUGGCGCGGAAAUCUUCUCUGCUGAAGAAAGUCGCCGUCGUCGUCUUCUCCGUCGUCGCUGUCUACGGCCUCCUCAACGUCUCCGUCAACACCUCCCUCCCUUCUCAGUCCUCUCCCUCCGAUCUCCCCCGCUUCUCCGUCUCCGGAUCUCGCCAGCUUUUCCGCGAUGAAGCAGACGACGAGGAACAAUCCAAGGAUCGGGUUUCGCCUAGGGUUAGGGUUUACAUGUACGAUCUUCCCAGGAAAUUCACCUACGGCAUCAUCGAACAGCACGCCAUCGCUCGCGGCGUUCUCAAGGAGAGUGUCGAAGAUCUAGCCCAGCUCAAGUACCCGGGUCAUCAGCAUAUGCACGAGUGGUACCUUUUCUCAGACCUCAACAGACCGGAGAAGGAUCGAUUCGGGUCUCCGGUUGUCCGCGUUAUGGAUCCUUCCGAGGCCGAUCUGUUCUACGUGCCGGUGUUCUCUUCUUUGAGCCUGAUUGCAAAUGCGGGUCGACCCGUUGAACCCGGAUCUGGGUACAGCGACGAGGAGAUGCAGGAGAGCUUGGUGGAGUGGCUGGAGGAGCAAGAGUGGUGGAGGAGGAACAAUGGGCAUGACCAUGUUAUCCCAGCUGGCGACCCCAAUGCUUUGUACCGGGUCAUGGAUCGGGUCAAGAACUCGGUCCUGCUCGUGGCGGAUUUCGGACGGCUGAGGCCUGAACAAGGAUCGUUUGUAAAGGACGUGGUCAUACCUUAUUCCCAUAGGGUCAAUCCCUUCAAUGGCGAAAUUGGAGUGGAGGAACGAAACACCUUGUUGUUCUUCAUGGGGAAUCGGUAUCGGAAAGACGGUGGCAAAGUUCGUGAUUUGCUUUUCCAAGUUCUUGAAAACGAAGAGGGUGUCAUAAUAAAACAUGGAACACAGUCAAGAGAGAAUCGACGAGCUGCUACAAAAGGAAUGCAUACUUCGAAAUUUUGUCUGAAUCCUGCAGGUGAUACCCCUUCGGCCUGCAGACUCUUCGACUCCAUAGUCAGCUUGUGCAUCCCCGUGAUAGUGAGUGACGACAUUGAGUUGCCCUUCGAAGACGUUAUAGAUUACAGAAAGUUUUCGAUUUUCGUCGAGAGCAAUGCUGCUCUGCAGCCGGGGUCUCUUGUUCAGAUGCUGAGGAAAGUAGAAACCGAAAAAAUCUUGGAGUAUCAAAGAGAAAUGAAAUUUGUGAAACGGUAUUAUGAUUAUACAGACGGAAAUGGAGCUGUGAACGAAAUCUGGCGCCAAGUCUCGCAGAAGGUACCGCUCAUCAAGCUAAUGAGCAACCGAGACAGACGCCUUGUCCGGGGAAAUUUAACCGAACCAAACUGCUCUUGCCUCUGCUCAAACCAGACUGGCUUAAUCAUCACCUCCAUAGAACAGUGACCGACCCCUCUCCUCUAUAAAACACCCUUUUCCUAUCAGAUGAACUCAAGCCCAUCUGCCUUCACUUUCAACAAAACCCUCCAUUGCUUAUCUUCCCCUAUAGUGUUACACAUCCACGGAGCCAGGGAGAUUUGAUUACUCAUUGUACAUGAUGCCAUGAUAUUACACUCUCAGGAUUUCACAGACAAGACAGCUUCUCUCAUUCUUUUGUUCUUGGAAAGCUUCUGCUUUUGAUUUGAUAAGAGGCCUUUCUUACAUGAAUAUGCAAAUCAUCUCUCUCUC